UGACUUGCUGCCUUCUGACUGGCUCUGUUAUUGCAUCAGAGGCAGGACGAAACCUUUUCUCUGACAGUCUGCUGAGACUACGGACUAGAUUUCUCUUCACUAUAACAUCCCAACUCCGACUGAUGGUCACAAGCUUCAUUGUGAAGGUCAAACCAGAGGCCAACUGCCUAAACACAUCUCACAGACCCAAACUCUCUCUGAAGAUGCAGUCCGUAUAUAGUGGGAAGGAGACCAGCACAAACAGGGUGAUCCUGGACAUCAAAAUGCUCUCUGGAUUUGUCCCAAACCCAGAGUCUUUGAAGAGGCUCAAAGGUGCCCUGCUGGUGGAUCGCGUUGAACAAAAGGAAGAUCAUGUCCUCUGUACCUACGGGGGUGAGAGGAAUUCACAUUGA